AUGUCUGCAACUGCAAGCUACAAAGGAUUUUCUGACAGCAGUCCACCAACAUCGCUCUCUGCCUCUGUUACUGCAUCUGUUUGUAGUAGCGAGAGUUUCCAAACGGCCCAGCAGAGCGCAUUCUCUCCUCAGUUCGCCGAGUCUUUCAUUCGCGGUUUUGAUUUGAAUCGCACUGACACGGGGAGCGAAUCAUCCUUUGGAACUCACACUGGUUCCCUGGAGAAUUUUUCUCCUGUUUCUGCUCCACACAACAACGACGUAAAAGGUUCUAUGAUGGUCGCUUGUGAUGAAACGUCUGACAACAGUCCCCAAGAUGAAGAGAUGCAUGAUGAACUCAGUUCUGACUCUGCAGAGGAGAUGGAAGAUGAAGAUUAUAUUGCCUUGGAUGACGAGGCUCAAAUGAUUGUAACGGACUCGACCAAUGUUCGACUCACACGUUUAGAAGCUAACAUCACUGCCGUCUUAGCAGCAAUCCAGUCACUCACAGCAGCAGCAGCAGCAGCAGCGUCGGCUCAGGGGCCUACUACUACCCCAACCUCUCGUCUUGGAGUUAUCUCAACUCGACCACUUGGUCCAAAUAGGCGCCCAGCAGACCGAACUGCUCUCAUGCGCCAAGUCAGAGCAGAGCUCAGCCGACUGCUCGGUGAUGAUUUUCUGAGCUUCGAGAAUGUCUUGACUUGUGACGAGCUCAAUGUUUUUGGAUCUAUCUGGAAGUCUUCUACAGCUGAGCCACGUCCAUCUUGCUGUGACAUUGACAAUUUUAAGGUCGACCUCAUUGGUUCUCCCCGAAGUGAUUGGAACCAAUCAGCUUCACAAGUUUUUGCCAAGCACUUCAUUACCACAUCGGCAUAUAGUCACAGCUAUUUCCCUCUGGUCCAGAAUUAUUUUUACCAGAGGAUGAAGUCUCUUCAGGCAGCUUUUCGGAGGAAGAAUGCGGACAAUGCUGCUCGACAGGCCGAAACCACUGCUAAGCGCCGCUGGCAAAGAAAACAAAAUCUCUUCCACAAGCGUCUUGGGAUUGCCCAGGAGCACCCCCUCCUACAAGAGCAUGUACCCAUUCUACAACGUCUCGGUAUUGCAGGGAUGAGCUCAGACAAGAGCGAUUUUGAGGAUGGCCCGGCAAGCACUGCCACAGGGGGUGCUCCAAGAUACAAAGUGCAUCCCCCUGCCUGGCGUGCCUCUGCCCUCUCCUACUGGCUGCAGACAAUUGAUUCGCUCCAGGUUCUUUUUAGGAGAUCCAAUGGUAAGCAUCGCGGCUCAUUUCCUCGCCUCCGCGUUGCAUCUGGAGAAGACAGCGACAGCAAGGGCUUUGUCACUGACUUACCCAUCAUGGCAUACAACCCAAACUGGCUUGCCGCUAGGCCAUUUUAUAUGUUUGAUGUUCGCCCGACCGAUGAGAACUACAACUUCAAUCACGACAACCGACUCUUUGCAUAUUUCCAAGUCUAA